ACAGCAGCUCUCAGUCAGACACAGUCUGACUGAGAGCUGCUUGCCAGGAGAACUCAGGAACAUGGCUUCAAUGUUUUUAUGCCUCACGCUUCUCUUCAUCACCAUCUGCACAACAGGUAUGUCUUAAAGACAUAAACACCUGGAUGUGUUCUCCUACAUUCAGACAGAUUGGUAUGGACUCAAAUUGUGAUGGAUAUGAACUUUACAAUUCAGAUCGCUGCUUGUUUAACUCCACUGAGCUGCAAGAUGUCGAGUUCAUCAGAUCUUGCUAUUACAACAAGAUAGAGUUUGUCAGGUUCAGCAGUGAUGUGGGGAAGUUUGUUGGAUACACUGAUUUUGGUAUGAAGAAUGCAGAGAUGUGGAACAAAGAUCAGGGAUACCUUGCUGCAAUGAGAGCUCAGAAAGAGACGUACUGCAAACACAACAUUGACCUCUGGUACACAAAUGUUCUUUCUAAGUCAGUGACACCAUCAGUCAGACUUCACUCCACGAUGGCUCCUGGUUGUCACCAUCCUGCCAUGUUGGUCUGCAGCGUCUAUGACUUCUACCCCAAACUGAUCAAAGUGAGCUGGUUGAGAAAUGGACAGGAAAUAACCUCUGACAUCACUUCCACUGAAGAGUUUGCAAAUGGUGAUUGGCUCUACCAGGUCCACUCCCACUUGGAGUACAUACCCAGGUCUGGAGAGAAGAUCUCCUGUAUGGUGGAGCACGCCAGCCUGGAGAAACCAUUGAUUAUUAACUGGGUCCCUCCCAUGCCUGAAACAGAGAGACUGAUCAUCGUUGGAGCCGUAGGACUGAUCCUGGGUCUGAUCUUGUUUCUGGCUGGAGUCAUCUACAGGAGGAAGAGUGGAGAUACAUCUUUGGCUCACAGGUUCAGUGAGAAACAGGCAGAGGACUGGAGCAAAGAUGCUGCAGCUCUGAGCUUGUGGAGACCUCAGAAGGAGAAGUUCUUCAAACCCGACUCUGAGCUCUGCUUCACAAAUGUUCUGCCUAAGUCAGUGAUGCCAUUGGUCAGGCUUCACUCCAUGCCACCCUCUGGUGGUCGUCAUCCUGCCUUGGCGCUCUGCAGAGUCUACGACUUCUUCCCCAAGCAGCUCAAAACCAGGACUGAUGCUGGUUCCCAGUAGUUGUUCCUGACUGUGGACCUGGAGCUGGUUCUGCUUCUGUCUGAUAGCUGGAAGCAAAAGCAGCAGCAGCUGGCAGCUCUGUGUUUGAUCCAGGCUGUUAGAGUCAGGCUGAAUGUGGACCGAGGUGUGUCUGCUGGAGCCUCAGUGGUGGAGUCAUCA